CACACCCUCCUCCAGCCCCACUGCCCCACCAUGGCCACUUCCACCCUGUCCGUCUGCUCCAGCAACCGGAGCUAUGGCAGCCGCGCCUGCCUGCCCGGGUCCUAUAACUCUUGCACGGACUCCUCCUGGCAGGUGGACGACUGUCCAGAGAGCUGCUGUGAGCCCUCCUGCUGCGCCCCCAGCUGCUGUGUCCCCAGCUGCUGCCAGUCGUCCUGCUGCACCUCCAGCUGCUGUGUCCCCAGCUGCUGCCAACUGUCCUUGACCUGUGGGUCCAGCCCCUGCCAGUCAACCUGCACCAGCUCCUGCACACCCUCAUGCUGCCAGCAGUCUAGCUGCCAGCCCUCCUGCUGCACCUCCUCCUCCUGCCAGCAGGCCUGCUGUGUGCCCGCCUGCUGCACACCUGCCUGCUGUGUGCCCGCCUGCUGCACACCCAUCUGCUGCAAGCCCCUGUGCUGUGUGCCCGUCUGCUCUGGGGCCUCCUCCUGCUGCCAGCCCACCCCCUGCACCUCCUCCUGCUGCAGACCCUCCUCCUGCAUGUCCCUCAUCUGCCGCCCCGUGUGCAGGCCUGCCUGCUGUGUGCCCACCUCCUCCUGCUGUGGCCCCGCCUCCUCCUGCCAGCCCAGCUGCUGCCGCCCAUCCUCCUGCAUGUCCCUGCUCUGCCCCCCCGUGUGCUCCCACCCGGCCUGCUGUGUCCUCACCUCAGCCCAGACUUCCUGCUGCUGA